AUGCCUCAAAAAAGGCCCCGAACCGGUCUCAUCCCGACAGACCUUCCGAUCCCGCCACCUUCCAAAAGAGCCCGAACGCGCCGUGACGCGGUCGACCGUAUUUCGCUACUCUCGGACGAGCUUCUUGUGCGGGUACUCUCCUUCCUCUCGGUCCCGCAACUACUCUCCGUGUCGCUCGUAUCACACCGUCUGGGUCGACUGGCAUGCGACUCGCAGCUGUGGAAGGCGCUGUACUAUGCGCGCUUCGUGCUCCCGCGCGCCAUGCGCAUCCCGGGAUUCGACAAGGUCUCAACCAAUAACCAGCUGCACUACGCCGGCCGUAGGGCACUGUGGGCUGAUGGGCGGAGGGGCGGUAUAGUGGAUGUUGCGGGCGCAAAACAGAAGGAAGAUCACGGGAGGGCUAGGCAUACCACUGUCAAGCCAUCGAACCAAGGGCCGGGGUGGAACGAAGCUGGGACCGUGGAGACUGUUGAUUGGAAGAGACAGUUCAAGAUUCGCCAUAACUGGUCUCGGGGCAAGUGUGCAGUCGAGGAGCUAAACCUGGGCGAGUCCGGUCACGACGACGAAAGUACAAAGCGCAAGAUGCUGGUCAAGGUUGUUGAAGGGAUCGCAAUUACAGCCGAUGAACGUUGUGGGCUGCGCGCCUGGGAUUUGAAGACAAGGAGAAUAUUGGCGCACGCAUCAUUUUCUGCAUCUGCCAGUGGCGACAACGGCGUCGACCAAGCUGUUACCAAGAGGCCCACUUGCAUAGCUGUGGAUGACCAAGGGCCCGACGUCAAGACGCUGCAUGUUUCUGUUGGAUUUCAGGAUGGCAGCUUUGGGAUAUGGAUGUUGCAGGCCACCAACCAGUCCAACGCUACCCUUGAGCCACAGUACAUGCAUGAACAGUCGAGUAACGGUUCUUUGAUCUCAAUGGCAUACUCAUACCCCUACCUGCUUACGGCGAACAAAGGCAUUACAAUCUCCCUCUACACCUUUGAAGGGCCAAGCCCCCUGGCUCCUCCAAUCUCUACCACGAAUCAGACUAAAUGGAAGUCACCGUACCUCCUCACAUCACUCAAAUCUCACACUUCAACGCCACCAUUGGCACUCUCCAUUAGACAAGCAGGGACAACAACGAUUGCUUCCAUUGCAUACACCUUCAGCACCGUCCAAGGAUGGUCCAUCGGCAUACAGGACUUACAUGUCAAAGCAUCCUCGCCCUCCCAAACACCCGAAAUUACAGCUACCCGCUUGGCUUACACAACUCCAAUGUCCACUGGCAGUCCGCGACGCCGUGUCCCACUCCGUGGGCCUGGGAUAGCUUUUUCAGAUGACGACGACGAGAUAGAAGAACACAACCCACCUACGCGCAGGACUCAAACGCCACCAGUCGACGACAGUGAUGGCCCAAAGACCCUUUGUUACACACAUCCCUACCUUCUAGCAACAUUGCCCGAUAACACCCUCCUCCUUCACCUCUGCACUACAACUUCGACCUCAUUGUCCAUAUCAUCCGGGAUCAGAUUAUGGGGUCAUACUUCGGGCAUAUCGGAUGCCGAGAUCACAUCGCGUGGCCGUGCUGUUAGUGUAAGCCAGCGAGGCGACGAGAUGCGCGUUUGGGAGCUAGAAGGUGGCGCCAAGCAGCGUCGUGUUGGCGACCAUCGCAGCAUCGAGAUUCGCCCCACCAAGAAAGACGAUGGAGGUGCUGACGAUGGCGUCGACGCUGCAUGGGAAGAGAGGAGGGACUGGGUAGGUUUUGAUGACGAGAUGGUGAUUGUGCUCAAGGAGAGGCUGGGUGGCGGCGAUAGCUUGAUGGUUUACGAUUUCACAUGA